GUGGGGGAAGAAAAAAAAUCAAUGGGAAUGUGAUGGAAUUCCGAGAAAUCACAGAUUAUGGAACGCAACAGAGAGGCGGCCAGCACCUACCAACAUAUUCAUGUUCAGUUGCAAGGUGGAGCUCCUUGGGGCUUUACCCUGAAAGGGGGGCUGGAACAUGGAGAGCCCCUCACCAUCUCAAAGAUUGAAGAUGGAGGGAAAGCUGCUUUGUCGAAGAAACUACAGGUCGGCGACGAAAUUAUAAAUAUUAGUGGCUCCCCACUAUAUGGCUCAAGACAGGAAGCACUCAUCCUUAUUAAAGGAUCAUUCAGGGCACUGAAGAUGGUGGUGAAAAGGAGAAGUGGUCCAGGGAUAAGACCUUACACAUGGCACCUGGCCAAGUUAUCAGAGGCACAACCUGAGGCCACUAUGAUGCCCUAUUCAUCAGGGUCUCUCAGUCUGUCGUGGCAUUCGGGAUAUGACUCCAGUGACUUUCCUAUGCAGUGGGAUCAACUAGCUCUCCAUCAUAGCUUGGAUCAAAGGAGCUCAUUUGGAAGUAUGGACAGCCUCGACCAACCCAACCAAAGUUGUGACCAAAGCACAUAUCCUAACAAAAGAGAUUCUGCCUACAGCUCAUUUUCUGCAAGCUCUAACACCUCUGACUAUACUGUUUCAUCAUCAAUGAAGACAGAUGAGUCUGCUUCCAUGGACAGUAUAUUGCAUAGUUUGGGACCAUGGUUACCAACAAGGUAUGGAGAUACCCAAUACCUGCAAAGUGGAAGUGAAGGUGGGGAACCAUUGGCUGAAGAGCAGCUUUGUUCACACUGUGGGAAGGGGUCAUCUGAAAGGGACAACAUGCCACCAUCCCAUGUGCGAGAAGAAAAUGCUUCAGGCUCUACCAACUCAGCCCCUCCACCACCACCUGUUCGCAGGGAAAGUUUUGUGGCAACUAAAGCUCGCUCUGCAUCCGUGUGUGUGAUGAAUUCUGAGGCAGUUGCAGCAAAAAACUUGCUGCUUCACCGUGGAAGGUGGGCUUCUGAAACCUUGUUAUCAGCAAAAAGUAGAGAUUCUGAGGGAGAAUCUUGUUCUUGUGUUCCUAAUUGCUCUACUGGCUCUUCCCAGCACUCUGGUAAAUCCAUAUCUAGUCAUUGUCCAAUAGAGUGUUGCUGUUUUUUAAGGCAACAGCCAAGGCAUUACUGUCAUUCUCAUAGGCACAGUGAAGAAAUUAUUUCACAUGAAAAUACAACAUUUCCUGGAAAAUCCAAUCGUUAUUUAAUGGGGCAGUUGGAUUUAUGCAACUUAAUUGAUCCGUCAUUUGUUGCCAGUCAAUACCAGAGCAUAAAUCAAAUUGGUCAAAGUGAAAGAUUAACUUUGAAUUUGCAUAGACACAGUGCACCUGAGAAGUUGUUGUCAGUGCAAUUGCAUUCACUAAUGAUUUCAGACUGUAAUAAAAAUGGUUUGGGAAUGCAGUGUGAUCAGGAAAGAGGUGAAUGGCACAAUAGUAUACCAACAUCUCAGGAUGGAUAUCAGUCCACUGUUGGGCUUCCUUAUAAAGCUUUAAACAAAAUUGAUUCUGCAUUUGAAAAACAGAUAAAAGAGAAUCCUUUGAGUUCUGAAUGCAUACUGAAGGGAAAGCAACAUGAAAUUGAUGGUUCUUCCUGCAGUCACUGUUUAGGUAGUCAAGAUCUUUCUUCAUCUUGCAAGACUCAACUAAGUCGAACAAGUUGCAGAGGUGCAUCUGCUGAAAUGAUAGCCCAUCAGCAGGUACCUCCAAUACCAUCGGAUAAAAUGAGUGAAAUUGGAAGCACAUCCUCAAGUAGUCAUAUUGUGGAAAUAGAGACAGAUUUGGAAGAAACCAAGAAUGAAAUUGUCCGAAAUGCCCGUGUAUCAAAUUCCAGAGUAGCCAGAAUGCGGCGCAAAAGUGACCGCUUUGCAACAAAUUUGCGUAAUGAGAUACAAAUGAAGAAAGCUCAGCUCCAGAAGAAUAAAAGUGGUGCUGCACUGCUGCAAAUGGAAGAAACUUCAGAAGAAGUGAGUGAUUCAAAAGAGAAACCGUCCACUUUCUAUACUUGCUUAACUGAUGAGUCUGAAGCUAAUGACGUAGCAGAAGAAACUACCAGCACAAAGACACAGACCACAAGUUCCAAUAAAAGCCUGGAUAACACAGCAGAAGAUCAUAAAACUGGAAGUAUGUAUUUCUGUUCAUUGGCUGGCAACUCCAAUAUUUCACCAGACAAAUGCAAAACAGAAAUAGAUUCGUUAUCCAGAAGUUUUGAGCAAAAGACUGCACAGGAGUCGUGGGGAAGUGACCUAAGGAGGUGGACAUCUGAAAAUAAGCUGGAGUCUCAAAACAAGCUGAUAAAGGAAAGUGGGUCAGAUGAGAUGAAACCAUGUACAGUGCCAUUGUUGCAGGAACCAGAUACCUCCCCAUUGGUGCCUUUUGCAGAGAGGAGAAAAUUCUUUGAAGAGACUAGUAAAAGCUUCUCUGGAUCUGAUUCUUGUAAUUUCGUAGGACUUCAGAGUAAAUCAAAUUCAAUCGGAAAGUCUAAAGGUCAGCGUUUUUGCAGUAAGUUGCACGUACUUCCAGGUGACGUUCUGAGGCAAUGUCCUGAGGAAAACUUCCAAUACUCCACAGGCAGUGUUGGUCAAUGCUCUGAGAAAUAUCCUACUUGUUCAUCUAGAGGUACGGAACAACAAAAAUACAACAAUCAAGGAGAGAAACAAUGUGAACAGAAAUGUGAAAAAUUAGAGCCACUCAAACCAAAUACAUCAAGCACUUUGAAAGAGCAUUGUGUGUCUCACAUUCAGCAAAUACAACACCCUGCCGGAGAUCCAUCGAUACGUUAUCAGUAUUUUCAUUCAGAUAACAGUCACCUCGAAGAACCUCGAUCUACUACAAGAUUCAAGCAGAUGCCACCCACUUUAACUAAGGGAUAUCCGGUGGAAAAACUGGAUCAGACUGAGAUAAUAAACAGGAAGUUUUCUUCACCAGAAAGAGAAAUGAAAAUACAAACUCUAAGCAAUGUGCAAGAAGCACCUUCUGAAUCAAAAUCGAAAGAGAAUCUCAAUAAUGAGUGGAAUAGGCUGCCAAGGAAACCAAGAACUCAAAAGUUAAUGGAUUCAGUGGGGGCAGGGUCAUCCAGAGAAGGAAGAAACUGGCCUUUUGAGGGAGAGCAACUCUAUCACCCAGGCAACAUCCCAUCUACAACAAAUGAGAUGGAUCUAGGCUGUCAACGAUGUGGGGAAUCAUAUGCGAGUAUUAUCAACAGGCAAGAUGAAAAGUGGGAAGAUUCAGAAAUAUACAUAAAACCUGGGAGCAGAUUACAAAGAAACAUUAUAAAAAGCCCCUCUUGGGAUCCUGGUGAGGGAAUUGAGACCGUGAGGUGCUGUCCAGAUGUGAAGAGCAGACCUCCCACUGAGUUGACUUCAGAAGAAUUGGUGAGAGACAUUGCAGGGCAAGACCAAUCUCUGGCAGACAUUCUGGAUCCAAACUCAAAGAUGAAGAGUGCUGUGGAUAUGAUGGGUGGAAUCUUUCCAGAAAGCAAAGAGGAGCUAUCGCGGGCACGUGGGCGCAAGAAACGAAAUCCACUACAGCUGAGUCUGAAUGUUAACUCAGAGAAGGUUUCAGUGCAGGUUGGCUCUCCAACGGCAAUGGUUGGCUCAACUACUUGCUCCACCUACUAUAGCACAUCUGCUGCUAAAGCUGAGCUAUUGAAUAAGAUGAAGGACCUUCCAAAAAUGCCUGAGGACUGUUUGGAGGAGGAAGAGGAAGAAGAUAACAAGUUGAUAGAAAAAAAGCAACAAUUGAUCUGCAGUCUCAGUAGAAAACUCAGUGUGUUGCAUGAAGCCCAGAAGAGCCUUUUGGAAGACAUCAGUGCAAACUGUGCCCUGGGUGAAGAAGCAGAAAGAAUGGUGAACAAUGUCUGCAAACCAAAUGAGUUUGAUAAGUACCGAAUGUUCAUUGGGGAUCUGGAUAAGGUUGUGAACCUGUUGCUGUCUCUCUCGGGUCGACUUGCAAGAGUAGAAAAUGCCUUAAAUAAUUUGGAUCCUGAUGCAAAUGAGGAAGAAAGGCAUGCACUGAAUGAAAAGAAAAAGCAACUCACAGCACAGCUUGAAGAGGCCAAAGAGUUGAAGGAACAUGUGGAUCGCAGGGAACGUGUUGUCCAUGAUAUUCUGGUCAAGCAUUUGUCAGAAGAUGAGCUCCAGGAUUACACUCACUUUGUAAAGAUGAAAUCUGCCCUCAUCAUUCAGCAGCGAGAGCUGGAAGAUAAAAUCAAACUUGGUGAAGAGCAGCUCAAAUGUCUGAGGGAGAGCUUAUCUCUUGGAGCAUACAAAGACAACAUCUGAAAUACAGAUCAGAAAGUAAAUCCUGGCCUAAGUUACUAGCCACAAACUUUUCAAAUUCCAAAGCAAUGGAUUCAUUUUUCAAAUGUGAUAACCAGUGGUUUAAAAUGCAGAAUAUAUGUCACCUGUUUGCGAUUGAUGAUUGUGAACUUUAACCUUGCUUAUAAUGUUAUCUGUAAUUCUUCAGUGGAGGUAGUUCACAUGAAAAUAAGGAAGUGUUAGCUUCCACAAGAUUGGUCAAGGCAACUUGUAUAAAGCUGGGUCACAGAAAUCAGGAAGAUCCCAUUUUAAUUUUCCUUCUGGUACUGAAUGGUCUGUUUAGAUAAGGUAUCUUAAAGACCCCAAAUAGCUUUGAGUUCAGAGUUGGAAAGGAGAAAGUUACCUUGGAUUCCUGAUCCUGAUGAUUAUGCAGUAUGACUUCUGGAAAAAAAAAUCAAUGUUGGCUGAGAAGCAUAUUGAGCUUUGAGUAUGAUGGUUACUGCGGUCAGAUUGCCUGCUCAAUGUUUGGACUUGCACAAAAGUGACAAAGUGAGCAAAGCACUCAAGGGCUGUCUGUGCAAUGUUAAGAAUCAGUGCCUUCAGCAGAAAAUUAUAGGGAGAUGUUCAUAAUUUUGAUAGUAAAUUGAUUUGAAUUUGAGUUCUGCCAAAAUGACUCAAUUAGUUCAAUUUGUUAACUGUUUUCUGGAGUUGAGUUGCACUGUGUAUGCCAGCGCAAGUCAGAAGCUGCGUACGAAGGAUAUUCGUCCUUGGUUGCUGUUAUUACAGUAAAUGUCAUUUGUAAAUCUUUUUUUCCAAAUUCCACUUGUUGUAGUUGUUUUUUGUUUCUUCUGGUUCAGUGUCUAAUACUAAAUGGUUACACUUAACAUUGCAUAGGUCAGUUGAUAAGUCCUUGAUAAAACCAUUCUUCUGGGCAACUUAUUUAUUGGGACUUUUAGUUAUUAUUUUUGAAGGGGAAUGAGUGCUAUUUUUUGGUGAAGGGAAUAAACCAGAAGGCCCACAAUGCAUUUUAAAUUAAAGUGCCACAAUGCUGGUUUUUGCAAUCAGAAACAUUAUUAUAUUGUCUGUAUACAAAUAGCACCCCAAAACUUUGUUUCUGCUUAAAGGCAAUGAGUUAAAUAUAUAACUCAAAUAAAAAUGCUUUCAAUUUCUUCUGAUGGCUUAUUAGUAAACCCAAUGGCCAGUGUACAAAUAGCAAGACAAACUAGAAAAGUCAUUGGCCUCAGCAGGGUGACAAGAAAGAGGAAAACCAGCUACUGUUCCAUUAUUGGUUACCUUUGCUGAAAUGUGUGCAUGUUAGCCAAGGACAGGAUUGGGUCCUAUUGUAAUAAUCUUCCAGGGUAAUAAAGCCCAGAGACAGACAGUGGCCAUACUCUGGGCAGCUGGCACACAGAGGACAUUAGAGACUAGUAAAGUGAAGCUUCUGAUUGAAAAUGACCCUCUGGUGUAGGUUAAAAUUUUAGUGAAAUUGCCCAUAAAUCUCAGAUACCAGAACCACAAUUUAUCCAGAAAAUCACAGAGAAUUUCAGAGUCUAUUGGCACAUGAUUAUCUAAUUCUAACUGUCUACAGCAUAUUCUGGAAGU